AUGCAUGGGUACCAAAUUGCAGAUCUUAUGACGCGCGUGGAAUUUCUUCUUCAACCACCUAUUCAAUGUGACUUGAACGCCAAAGAUCGAGCUGGUAUCACUCCUCUACAUUUGGCAGCUGCUAUUUCUGAUGUCAAUGCAUCGAUACUCGUCAAUGCCGGGGCUGAUGUACGGGCUAAGGAUUUCCAAGGGAGAACACCACUGCAUUUCGCAGCAGAGGCGGGUCAAAGCAAUGCUUUGGGUUUUCUUAUCGAGAUUUACGAAGAAAGCUCGUUUGAUAUCGAUUACCGGACGCUGAAAGGACGUACUGCUUUGCAUUAUGCAUGUCGAUCUGGUGUUGCUGAGUGUGUACAGCUGUUACUGAAUGCAGGAGCGAACGUAAACAUCGCAGAUGAACGACAUCGAACGCCCUUGCAUGCAGCAGCAGAGGUAGAGUAUGAGCUAGAUGCCAGGAAACUUGAACGCACUUAUGAUUCUACCCCUUCACACGUGGAAAAGAGUCCUGAUCCUUACCAGAAGAGACAGAGAAAAGACGCUAUUCAGAAACUGAAGCAUGUGGUUGAAAAUGAGGCCUCGAACAAAUCUAUUCGUCGGGUUGUUCAAUUACUUCUGGCCGCCGGUGCAGACUCAACCAGUGUUGAUGAGGAUGGCCAUUAUCCUAUAGACGUGGCAACAAUGUUAGGUUGUGCUGAUAUUGUUGAUGAACUAGGAUAUCACACGUCAAGUCAAAAUCCCACUGCGUUCGAUCCAUCUUUAGGGAUUCUAUUGGCUCUCAGCGAGUCAUCCCCUGAGGCAGCAGCAGAGAGCAUUUUAUUGCCUGAAGAUCAUGAGCAGUUUCUCAAAAGGCUCCUCUCAACAGGCAAUCGAUCUUUAAUUGGCAGAUUACUCGCUUCAAAGCGAUUGAGGCUUACUGGAGACGAGGGAAAAUCGGCACUAGGUUUGGCUGCUCGCUCGGGUUGGACUUCUGUUAUGAUGCAACUGCUUCCACACGUUGGAGAUCUACCCGAAUUACUUCCAUUCCUCAUCAAAAAUGCUACAGACCGAGAACUGUGCAAUAUCUCAAUGAUCAAGUACCUCGCAGAAUUCGUCCCAGAUGUCCUGGAUAAAGAGUGUUUUACAAAUUCCUUGAAUACAUUGGCAAGAGGAUCGCGUUGGUGGCACUCUCAUGGCCUCUCCACGCUUUUGCAAGCCGGAGCAGCACCAAACGGACCAGAGGACAGAUAUUCUCACGAAAAACCUCUCCAUUCUUCAUUGUUCGCAAGGCACACAUGCUGUUGGCGUGAUUCCACAACCAAGAUCCUUCUCGAGUUCGGUGCCGAUCCUAAGUCUGUUACUAAAUCCGUCCACGAGAAUUCCCCACUCAACAUUGCUAUUAGCAGAGAACGGUCAAUCGAGAUUAUUGACCUUCUCAUAAAAAAAGGGAGUUCAUUGUCGGAGGACUCUGUGUCCGGACCACCAUUAAUUUCUGCAGUCUCCAGUAAGCGAGAUGAUGUCUUGGAGUACCUUCUGAAAGCAGGCGCGAACCCAAACGGAACAAGCAAACACAACCCCCCUAGUAAGCGCGUUGAACCCAAAGGCAAGCGACGCAGCUUUGUCCAUUCUUAUUCAGUAUGGCGCCAAUCCACUUUGUCCGAUUUACGACAAUACGUCCACUGUAUUUCAUGA